AUGUCCAUGUUUUACGUGGGCGAGAAUACAACACUUAGCUAUGUAAUAUUGUGCGGGACUGAAUAUUUUCAAAAUGACACGCUCAAUGCCACAUUUGGGAAUCACACCGGAACACCUACACAUUCCUGCGCUUCGAUCAAGAAAUCUGAAACGUUUUUCACCUCAUUCACAUUUCAUUUCUGCGUUUAUUUUAUGUACAGUAUCAUUUUUGCUACCGCCCUCUUCGGGAAUGGCCUUGUAUGUUUCGUCGUAAACAGCUCGACGCAAAUGAAGACUGUGACUAACCUCUUUAUUGUAAAUUUGGCUGUUGGUGAUAUCAUGAUGACAAUUUUUUGUGUUCCAUUUUCCUUCGUGUCGACGUUAGUACUACAAUAUUGGCCAUUUGGUCCCGUUAUGUGCAAAAUUGUGAAUUUCGCUCAAGCAGUUUCGGUUCUUGUCAGUGCGUAUACGUUGCUAGCAAUAUCUGUAGAUAGAUAUAUAGUUAUAACACAGCCAUUGAAGCCGAGAUUAGGAAAGAAUAUAGCAAAGCUGAUCAUUAUUGGCGUGUGGAUUGGGGCUAUGAUUACAGCGGUACCUAUAUUAGUAGUUUCGAGAUUACAGCGACCCACAAUAUGGCAUGAAGUUUGUGAAUUGGAUAUAUGUUCUGAGAUGUGGCCAGAACCAAAACAAAUGACACAUUACACGUGGGCUCUAUUGACACUGCAGUUUUUGCUUCCGCUAACAGUGUUGAUCAGUACGUAUACAAAGAUCGCCUGUAUGGUGUGGGGUGUACAGCCUCCUGGGGAGGCAGAUAUGAACAGAGAUUCUCGCAUCCAGCAUUCUAAAAGAAAGAUGAUCAAAAUGAUGGUGGCUGUUGUCACAGUUUUUACGAUAUGCUGGCUGCCGCUCAACGUAUUUCUGAUGUUCUGGAGUGCCCACGAGAAUGAUGAAGAAUGGAUUACAUGGCCAGGGAUGCCAUACGUCUGGUUCCUUUGCCACUGGCUGGCGAUGUCGCACUGCUGCUAUAACCCUGUCAUCUACUGUUACAUGAAUUCUAGGUAUCGCCGAGGGUUUCAAGAGGCACUGAAUAGACUUGUUUGCCGACACAAGAAUACCACAAUCUGUUCAAGCCAUCGAUUCAGUGUAUGCGAAGCAAUACCUUUGUCUGGUAAGUUCUAUUAUAGACAUGAGCUGGUGAAAGUCCAAAUAAGAAAAUGUUCACAGUGA